AUGUCCCUGGUACAAAGUAUACAGACAAGCAAAGGGUAUGUAUAUACUGAUAGGAACAUGCCAGUUGAUAUAGGCCUCUCUCUUGCACCCAUUGCUGAGUGUUGGCACCGCGGCGGCAGCGGCAAGCAGAAGAAUCAGCGGAAAGGGACAAGCAGCAGCCGCACUGUUACUGCCGUGGAUCGGAGGCGGGGCGUCCUUCAUGUCUGCCUCCCAAAACCCGCGCACCACCGCCGCAUCAUCCUCCCUCGGCGGAGGGUCCACGGCGCCCUGCGCGUCAUCAGCGGCAUCAGGGCUCCUGGGUCCCGUGGCUGUGGCACCGCCACCGGCCUUGUAGCUGACGGCCUCAUCUCCUAA